AUGGACCCUGAGAUGAACGACACAGGACGUGGAAAUGCUGAAUUUACAACAACAAAGUGUAAAUUCAGCAUCUGCACAGUAACUCCUGCCGUCGCUGCCGCCACCGCCGCCGCCUCCGCUACCGCCGACAAAGACGGCGAAUCUGCAGCCGCCGCCGCCGCCGCCGACGACGACGACGACGACAACGGCGACGACGCCGCAGCCGCUUCCGCAGCAGCCACCGCUAACGCUGCCGCCGCCGCUGCAGCAGCCGCCGCCGCCGACAUCGUCGCGAGAAGUAUUCUCAAAACAAAGGCGGAAGGAGCAGAGGGGGCAGAGGGGAAGGCCGAGGAUGGGGACGAGGACGAGGACGAGAACGCGGACGCGGACGCGGACGCGGACGUGGCCAAGGUCCAGGCUACUGGACGGGAAACAUUAACUUUUAUUGUUAAUAAAUAA